UCCGCCUCCUCCUCUUUAUAUCCCUCAUCGUCUUCCUUCCAUCGCCACCGCCAUUUCUCUCUCCCUCUCUUCAAAAUGCCUCCCAUGUCGCCGGAAUUCUCCACCUCCGUCAAGCUCAAGUACGUCAAACUCGGCUACCAGUACCUAGUCAACCACAUUAUAACUCUCACGCUAAUCCCCAUCAUCACCGCCAUCUCCGUCGAGAUUCUCCGGCUAGGCCCCGACGGCCUUCUCGACCUCUGGACAUCCCUCCACUUUGACCUCAUCCAAAUCCUCUGCUCCGCCUUCUUCAUCAUCUUCGCCGCCACCGUCUACUUCAUGUCCAAACCCCGAACCAUCUUCCUCGUCGACUACGCCUGCUUCAAACCACCGGUCACUUGCAGAGUCCCCUUCUCCACUUUCAUGGAGCACUCCCGCCUCAUCCUCCCCAACAACCCCAAGAGCGUCGAGUUUCAGAUGCGGAUUCUCGAACGUUCCGGCCUCGGCGAGGAGACUUGUUUGCCGCCGGCCAUUCAUUACAUCCCGCCUAAACCAACCAUGGACGCCGCCAGAGGUGAAGCAGAGCUCGUGAUUUUCUCCGCCAUGGAUGCUCUGUUUCAGAAAACAGAGCUGAAGCCAAAAGACAUCGAUAUUUUAAUCGUGAAUUGCAGCUUGUUUUCGCCGACGCCGUCGUUGUCGGCUAUGGUGAUUAAUAAAUACAAACUCCGGAGUAAUAUCAAGAGCUUUAAUCUCUCCGGUAUGGGUUGCAGCGCCGGGCUGAUUUCCAUUGAUUUAGCUCGCGAUUUGCUUCAAGUUCAUCUGAAUUCAAACGCCGUGGUGGUUAGCACCGAAAUCAUUACGCCUAAUUAUUACCAAGGAAACGAGCGAGCUAUGCUUCUCCCUAAUUGCCUUUUCCGUAUGGGCGGCGCCGCGAUUCUCCUCUCCAACCGCCGCUCUGAGCGCCGCCGUUCCAAAUACCGUUUAGUUCAUGUCGUACGCACUCACAAAGGAGCGGACGACAAGGCGUUUAGAUGCGUGUUCGAGGAACAAGACAAAGAGGGCAAAGUCGGAAUUUCACUUUCGAAAGAUCUCAUGGCCAUAGCCGGAGAAGCUUUGAAAUCCAACAUCACAACCAUCGGACCACUAGUUCUACCGGCGUCGGAGCAGUUACUUUUCCUUCUAACUCUCAUCGGCCGGAAAAUCUUCAACCCGAAAUGGAAGCCGUACAUCCCGGAUUUCAAGCAGGCAUUCGAGCAUUUCUGCAUCCACGCCGGUGGUCGGGCGGUUAUCGACGAACUCCAGAAGAAUCUCCAGCUGUCAUCGGAGCACGUGGAAGCUUCUAGAAUGACGCUCCACCGAUGGGGCAAUACGUCGUCGUCUUCUCUCUGGUACGAACUGUCGUACAUCGAAUCAAAAGGAAGGAUGAAGAAAGGGGACAGAAUCUGGCAAAUCGCGUUCGGAAGUGGAUUCAAAUGCAACAGCGCCGUCUGGAAAUGUAACAGAACGAUCAAAACGCCGUUAAAUGGUCCGUGGGUUGACUGCAUCGAUAGGUACCCAGUUCAUAUCCCUGAAGUCGUCAAGCUCUAAAAAUGGCGGAAAUCUCAAAGAAAAUAACACAAAUUAAAAGAAAAAAAGGAAUAAAAAACACUAUAAUCUGCGAAUUUGCUUCCUGUGAUGUAUCAAAUUAUAUGAAACUCUCAUUUUAUCUGUUCUUUUUUACAAUUUUUUUCGUCUGAAUCCGAAUGGAUUUGAAUAUAUGAAAUAUUUGUGUUUGUAUUGAA